GGCUGCUGGUUGCAGGCACCGAGUGGUGCAACAGAAGCAGUGUGACAUUGCCCUGUCCUACUCUCAUGUCCCCCCCCCCCCAUGUAUGUCUUCCCUGCCUGUUAGUGUCCCCAUCUGGUCCCCUCAUUGUCUCGCUGCCUUCUCCAGCCUGAAGCCCUCCUUUCCCUCAUGCUUUGGACAAAGCCGGCACACUGCCAGCCCAAUGACUGCCUGGAUCGUCCUGCCUGUCAGCCUCUCUGCCUUCUCCAUCACAGGGAUAUGGAUAGUGUGAGUUCUCAAACACCAGGGUCCAGUACCAUUUGUCUUGAUGGCCAAGCAUGUAUCACAAAGUGAUUGAAAGAUAAAUAUUCAUAGUAAAUUCAUGAUUGUGGUUUUGAAUCAUUGUUGAUUUGUGUUUGUUUUCCCCUGCAGCUACGCCAUGGCUGUGAUGAACCAUCAUGUUUGUCCGGUGGAGAACUGGUGAGUGCUUCACUGAGAGUUUCAUUAAAAACAUUGUGGUAGUAAAGAAGACUCAGUUUUGUCUUUGAAUUUAUAGCCUAGAUUAACUUGGUACAACAGUAUAUCUCCUGCUUGAAAAGAAUAAUAAUAAUAAUAAUAAUAAUAGCUAAUUGAAUUGUUUUUUUGUCUUAUCUGCAGGUCCUACAAUGUUACAUGUACAGAGGAGAUGGCCAGGCCAGGCUUCCCAAAGACAUGCUGCACCAUACAGGACAUCCCCCUCAUCAGGUCUUACAUUAAUUUAUACUCUCUCUCUCAUUCAUUUAUAUUCUCUCUUUCUCAAUUCAAUUUCAAUUUAAGUGGCUUUAUUGGCAUGGGAAACAUAUGUUUACAUUGCCAAAGCAAGUGAAAUUGAUAAUAAACAAUAGUGAAAAAAACACUCACAAAAGUUCCAAAAGCAUAAAGACAUUUCAAAUGUCAUAUAAUGUCUAUAUACAGUGUUGUAAUGAUGUGCAAAUAGUUCAAGUACAAACGGGAAAAUAAAUAAACAUAAUAUAGGUUGUAUUUACAAUGGUGUUUGUUCUUCACUGGUUGCCCUUUUCUUGUGGCAACAGGUCACAAAUCUUGCUGCUGUGAUUGCGCACUGUGGUAUUUCACCCAAUAGAUAUGGGACUUUAUCAAAAUUGGAUUUGUUUUCAAAUUCUUUGUGGGUCUAUGUAAUCUGAGGGAAAUAUGUGUCUCUAAUAUGGUCAUACAUUUGGCAGGAGAUUAGGAAGUGCAGCUCAGUUUCCACCUCAUUUUGUGGGCAGUGUGUACAUAGUCUGUCUUCUCUUGAGAGCCAGGUUUGCCUUCGGCGGCCUUUCUCAAUAGCAAAGCUAUGCUCACUGAGUCUGUACAUAGUCAAAGAUUUCCUUAAUUUUGGGUCAGUCACAGUGGUCAGGUAUUCUACCACUGUGUACUCUCUGUUUAGGGCCAAAUAUAAUUAUAGUUUGCUCUGCUUUUUUGUAAAUUCUUUCCAAUGUGUCAAGUAAUUAUCUUUGUGUUUUCUUAUGAUUUGGAUGAGUCUAAUUGUGUUGCUGUCCUGGGGCUCUGUGGGGUCUGUUUGUGUUUGUGAACAGAGCCCCAGGACCAGUUUGCUUAGGGGGCUCUUCUCCAGGUUGAUUUCUCUAUAGGUGAUGGCUUUGUUAUGGAAGAUUUGGGAAUCGCUUCCUUUUAGGUGGUUGUAGAAUUUAACGGCUCUUUUCUGGAUUUUGAUAAUUAGCGGGUAUCAGCCUAAUUAUGCUCUGCAUGCAUUAUUUGGUGUUUUACGUUGUACACUGAGGAUAUUUUUGCAGAAUUCUGCAUGCAGAGUCUCAAUUUGGUGUUUGUCCAAUUUUGUGAAUUCUUGGUUGGUGAGCGGACCCCAGACCUCACAACCAUAAAGGGCAAUAGUUCUAUAACUUAUUCAAGUAUUUUUAGCCAGAUCCUAAUUGGUAUGUCGAAUUUUAUGUUCCUUUUGAUGGCAUAGAAGGCCCUUCUUGCCUUGUCUCUCAGAUCCUUCACAGCUUUGUGGAAGUUACCAGUGGCGCUGAUGUUUAGGCCGAGGUAUGUAUCGUUUUUUGUGUGCUCUAGGGCAACGGUGUCUAGAUGGAAUUUCUAUUCAUGGUCCUGGCAACUGGACCUUUUUUGGAACACCAUUAUUUUUGUCUUACUGAGAUUUACUGUCAGGGCCCAGGUCUGACAUAAUCUGUGCACGAAGAUCUAGGUGCUGCUGUAGGCCCUCCUUGGUUGGGGACAGAAGCACCAGAUCAUCAGCAAACAGUAGACAUUUGACUUCAGAUUAUAGCAGGGUGAGGCUGGGGUCUCUCUCUCUCUCUUUGCCCCCUCUGUCUCGCAAUUCAAUUUCAAUUGAAGGGCUUUAUUGGCAUGGGAAACAUAUGUUUACAUUGCCAAAGCAAGUGAAAUGGAUAAUAAACAAAAGUGAAAUAAAUAAUAGAAAAAUUAACAGUAAACAUUACACUCACAAAAGUUCCAAAAUAAUAAAGACAUCUCAAAAGUCAUAUGUGCAAAUAGUUAAAGUACAAAAGGGAAACUAAAUAAACAUAAUAUAGGUUGUAUUUACAAUGGUGUUUGUUCUUCACUGGUUGCCCUUUUCUUGUAGCAACAACAAAUCUCGCUGCUGUGAUUGCACACUGUGGUAUUUCACCCAACAGAUAUGGGAGUUUAUCAAAAUUGGGUUUGUUUUCUAAAUCUUUGUGGGUCUGUGUUAUCUGAGGGAAAUAUGUGUCUCUAAUAUGGUCAUACAUUUGGCAGGAGGUUAGGAAGUGCAGCUCAGUUUCCAUCUAAUUUUGUGGGUAGUGUGCACAUAGCCUGUCUUCUCUUGAGAGCCAGGUCUGUCUCUCUCUCUCUCAAUAUUUCUACAUGCCUAUCUCUGCAUCUGCUACGCAGGAAGUGAUUGUCUCUCAUUGAAAGCCUGACAGGGUGAAUUACAGUAGCACCUUGUUUUAUGGCGGUGGGAGCGUUGACAAUGAUUAAACCGCACUCUGCAGUGCACUGCCUUUGUCAAAUCUGCAAAUGAGCCUGACUGCUGUGAAUCGGUUACAACACAAACAUGUGAUGGUAUAUUGUGGGUGUCAUUCAUAAAAUGACUGAUGAUGACUGAUUCAUUCAUCUGCAAAGUCUUAGCCUCAUAACCAGACCAGAAGAGAGAUAGUAACAACCUUGUAAUAUACCAGUGACAUGAAGGCCUUUUCCUAACAUUUGAAUCAUGGGCAUAUAUAGGCCUAUUCAACGUCAUUCAAUGAAUGAAGGCUAGUGAGUGGAUUUCUUAUUCGUUUUGGGUGACAUGUUGUUUCCUCCCCCUCAUCGCUCUUGUGACUCCUACAGUAAGUGUGGCUCCUUCCCCCCUGAGAGCUGCCUGUUCAGUCUGAUCGGGAAUGUCGGAGCCUUCAUGGGUAAGUAACCUCUUCUCGCUGACCUCUUCUCUCAUCACUCCACAGCCCACUCACUCACACUGACCAUAAGCUGUGCCCUUUGCCUCACUCAUCACUAAUGUAGUGAAGGGUAAACUCAGUUUAUUUUUGUUUUGUGAAAAGGGUUUACCCAGCCAUUAUGCUAGUCUUUUUUUGUAUUGGUGUUUAAAGCUGGAAUCCUUAAUGUUGAAACUGCCACGUCCGUUUGCGAUAUUACAACAACAAAGACAUUACUGCAAACAACAAACUUUUUUUUUCUCCCUCGGACAUCAUUGCAUGAACAGCAGAUUCUGUAAAACAUUUUUACCACAUUGGCAGAUGCUCCUCACCUCUGCUUCGUCAACAAAACAAAACAAUAACAAUGGCCGUUUGGUGGACAGUGGUGCUGUUUCCCCUACUGCGGAUUCCAUCUUUAAAGGGAUAGUUCAACCAAAUUACAAAAUGACACAUUGGUUUCCUUGACCUGUAAGCAGUCUAUGGACAAGGUAUGACAGUAAUCCAUGCUUUGAUUUUAUUUCCCUGGCACUGUUUCCAAUUGCUAACAUUUUAGAAUUCGUGGCAUAAAUCCCAUUCAAGUCCUGGUACCGAUAUUAGCAUUUUCCGUUCAUCAUGUCUGAAUAAUCCUGAAGUGUCUACAAUUUAUUGUGAAGCUCAACAAAGUCACAUAGAUUAUUUGAACAUGAUGUACGAAAAAUGCUAAAAUCGGUACCAUGACUUGAAUGGGAUUUGUGCCACAAAUGCUAAACGCAAUUUUUGUGCUACAAAAACUAAACCAAAGCAUGGAUUGGUGUCAUACCUUGUCCAUAGACUGCUUACAGGUUAAGGAAACCAAUAUGUCAUUUUGUAAUCACUCAGCGCUCAGGGUUUACACAUCUAUUUUUAUCACUAAAUUCCUGGUUGCAAAUAAUACUAUUGAUAAUGAUCUGAAGGUGGUGAAAAUACCUGUAAAGAUAGAUUCUAUCAGCUUUUUGCUCAUUGGUCUCAAGAAUAUAUCACCUCACAGAAUCUCCUUUUCAGUACUGUAGUCAAUAGUGUGCUGAGUUCAUCUGAAUAUUUUACAGAAUUUCCUAUACAACUGAUAUUGUACACCUUGUCUCAGCUAUAUAUACUGGUGUAUAUGUUAGCCACUAGUUAGCACCACGUGCAGAAGAGCUUUAAAUAGGCUCUGCGAUCAAUAAUGGAUGUGGCCUUUCCUCCACUCCUCCCCCCUCAUCAUCCAUCACCUUCCUCCAUUACUUGCUUUCCUGUCUUAUUUAUCACCACUCACUCUGCCCCCUUUUCCCUGUGCUCUUCUUCAUCCCAUGUCUCUGCCCUCCUCUCUCUCACCAUCUACUCAUUCCCCCUACUCUCUCUCUCUCUCUCUCUCUCUCUCUCUCUCUCUCUCUCUCUCUCUCUCUCUCUCUCUCUCUCUCUCUCUCUCUCUCUCUCUCUCUCUCUCUCUCUCUCUCUCUCUCCCCCUCUCCCUCCCUCCAGUGGUGAUGGUGUGCCUUCUGCGCUAUGCCCAGGUGAUUGAGCACAGCCACAGUUGCUGGAUUAACACCAGCGCUCUUGUGUCUGGCUGCACCAACGCUCUAGGACUGGUCAUGGUGGGCAACUUCCAGGUGAUUCUUCUCACUUCAUUACUCUUCUAUACGUAAAGGUUGAUUCCAUGUGUGUGUCCCUAAUGGCCCCCUAUCUGUCACUCUUAGCUAGAGCGACAAUUACUAAGUGGUGGUGGGCUAUAUUCAAUAUUUUCCUCAUUUGUUAUCUCCACUUGGUGUUUCCCUUGUAAUGAUUCCCUGUGUUGUCUAACAUGUCUCUAUAAAUUCAAAACAAGGGGUAUGGGCGGAUGUGGGUGGCCAUGUGCAUUGGAGUGGGAGGGUUCAGGGGAACGUCAAUGGGAUUUGGGUAUUCGGAGUGGGUUCACUUGUGCAUUAAAUGUAUGUUUUCAAUCACAGUAAAAAAUACAUGAAUGGAUAAAUAAGAUGUUUCCCUCCUUGGGCAGGUUGACCAUGCCAAGUCUCUCCACUACGUUGGCGCGGGCGUGACCUUCCCCGCCGGUCUGCUCUUUGUGUGCCUGCAGUGUGUGCUCACCUACCGCUUAGCCGUCACCGCCCUUGACUACUGGAUGGCACACGUACGUGUGGCGCUGGCCGCAGGAGCCCUCGUCUCACUGGUCCUCAGUAUCCUUCCUGACUCACUGGGAUUGGUUGAGGGAAGAGUUGGGCGGCUGGGAUUGGUUGAGGGAAGGGGUGGGGGCUGGGCAUUAGACUGGUCAUGUAGGGGUCGUGUUAUUGGUCAUGAUGGGCUCCAUCAGUUAAUAAAAGGUGACGGAUAAUUUCUCCAUAGCGUCAUUUAAGUCCCAUCAGGCACAGUUAAAGAUGGCGUCUGCAGUAGGGGGAAACAGCGCCACUGGCCGCCCCACCACAGUUCAUAUUGUUUCUGUUGCCGAGCUGAGGAGCGGAAAAAAAUGUGCGGUACAUAAUGUGCUCUUCUAUCGCACGUGCAAUGAUGUCUGAAGGGGGAAAAAAAAACGUUUUUGUUGUUUGCAGUAGCUUCUUUAGUUGUUGUAAUAUCAAAAACGGACGUGGCAGUUUCAACAUUAAGGAUUCCAGCGUUAAUGUGGGAUGUAAUGUGUCAUUUCUCUUCGGUAAUGAAACCUUGCAAUGGCUAGUCUGUGAUACCACCAAACCACUAGUAGGACAUAUGUGCCUCAUAUAUAUUUGGAAGCGGUAAGUCUAAUUCCUUUCAGUGGUCUGGGAUAAAUAGGCAUAUUUAUAGUGGCUGUAGGAAAGGAGGGUCUGAAGAGGCCAGGGAGGCUGUUGGGGGACGGUUGUGGGGAUAGGUAGCUAGGGUUCUUUGGUUAGCUAGCUAAUACAUAUGUGUCUGUACAGGGAGGCUGUUGGGGGACGGUUGUGAGUGUGACCGGUUGUUGGGCUAGAUGGGGAGCUACAGUCAUGGCUAGAAGGGAUCCAGCUUUUGUCAAAUUAACGUCAAAAGUUGAAUUUAUUUUGCGUUUCAGCUAACCCUUUUCCUAACCGUAACCUAAUUCUCCUAACCUGCUAAGUUAAUUCUCUUAAUCUGCUGCAUAAGUUCUACUAACCUGCUACAAAAAGUCAAAUCUGACGUUAAUUUGACAAAAGCUGGAUCCCUUAUAGCCAUGACCAGUAGCUACUAGCUAGGGUUCUUAAAACAUGAUGACUAUCCUCAGUAUUGUGAGAAGUUCUCAGGGUCUUCCUCCUGCUGGAACAAGUAGGGGUGAAGACUAGGAACAGAUGUUGUCCUAUCUGCCUGGCAGGCUCAGCCAUACUCUGAAGCCCUCAUUAAUAUAUCAAUGGAUGAAGAAGCAUAUUGAUAUAUCCCUGCCUAAAUAUUUCAACAGCAACAGUACUGCACUCUGUGAACCGCGCACUCGUUAUUGACCAUAGCAUAGGAUGCGUCCCAAAUGGCAUCCUAUUCCCUUUAUAGUAGUGCACUAUAUAGGGAAUAGAGUGCCAUUUUGGACGCAUCCAUAGAUUUCUUGAUGUUGCCCUUCCUCCUCCAUCGAUGUGGCUGUUGCUUCUCCUUAACGGUGUUUCCCCAGGUGGUAUCUUCUUCAUCCACGAGAGCUUUGUCCUCCAGCAUGCGGCGGCCAUCUGCGAGUGGGUCUUCACCGUGGACAUCCUGGUCUUUUAUGGCACUUUCACCUAUGAGUUCGGCACGGUCACCAACGACACCAUGAUGGUUGGCCUGCAGCAGACCCACCACCACUCGGAGGUCAUGAUGGGCGGCGCGUCCGGGGCCAUGACGCUGGGCAUGGGAGCCAAGGGCCUCAAGUCCCCUGGAGGAAGCAGCACAUCCACCCAUCUCAACUGCACCCCAGAGAGUAUAGCCAUGUUGUAGCUUUGUGGGGGUCACAGGAGGUCACCACGCUGCUGCAGAGAGGAACCACCACACAGGCAGCAGAGGUUAGGGCUCAAUGAUAGUACUGGCCGCCAGGGGAAGGAGAAAAGACAAGACGUUGAAAAUCACAAGAUAUGAUUGACACACCGAGUCACCGGGCCGGUAUUGACGUAUUGGGUUUUCGUGUUGUAAUAAGCCGUCCGUUUCUCCACUACGGUCUAAUUUUAUUUGCUUCAUCAGCAGGAAGGAAGACUUACAGGAAGGGUAAAUAUGUGGGAUGAUGAGGGAUGAUGAUGCUGUGAAUGUUUCCAAGAUGGCUGCUGGCACAUGAGCCUCCCAGCACACUGACACGAUUAUGCCUUUUUUCUUUCUUAAAGAUCAGUGUUGUUCGACCGGUCACUGAGGCUUUGCCAGUGUUCAUUCUUGUCAUGUCGGGAUGGCAGACACAAAAGGUUUAUUUUAUAUACCAACACAAUGUUUUUUUUGUGCCACAUUUUACGGACUUCCUCUACCUGGCGAAUGAAAGAGUAGAUAACGUUGUUGGAUUGAUCGGACUUGGUUUGAGUUUUAAUUUUGUGUAUACUCUGCCAAUGUUAAAGCAUCGUAGUAGAAAAUAUUGAAUGUUUGAGAAGUGGAACUAUAGAUAGUAUACUGUUAUGUACAUGACAGGU